AUGAUCAGGCUACAGUCUUCAAUGAGUAACCAUAUUCCUCAGUUCUGUGGUGUUCUUGGUCACACAUUUAUGGAGUUUCUGAAGGGCAGUGGAGACUACUGCCAGGCACAGCACGACCUCUAUGCAGACAAGUGA